GUCGCGCUUGUCCUUCACGUCCUCCAUCCCCUUCAUGUCGUUACAAAAGUGUACCUACCAUACGUUGUUUUUGAAGCUAAGCUGUGGUAAAUGUCUUUUUUAAUGGAGUGACGAGGGGAAGAGAAGAAGUGGGUCGGAACCGCGAAGUCGUCUUUUUAUUUGUUUACCUUUUUAUUCGGUGAUCAGGAAUGGCGGCUCCAAACUCAGAGCAGAGGAAGGCCUGCUGGGACGCCAGGGAUCAACUCUGGCAAUGUUUGGACGACAACAACGACAAGAUUCAAUCCUGCCAGCAGGUCCAGGGAGACUUCGAGGCCAAAUGUCCAGCUCAGUGGGUGAAAUAUUUCACCAAGAGGAGAGACUUCCUGAAGUACAAAGAGAAGAUGCAGACAGAAGGCUUCACACCUGCUGGGGGCCCACAAGUAAACUCCUAACUCCUACCAAACAGGAACUCUGGAGACUGACUUUUAAUCACAUGAACUCCUGAGUGGAGUUUUCAUCGUGAAUACAAAAACACCUCACCUUUACCGUUAUUUAUGUGACAAGGUUUGAAUCCUAAGAAUUGCACAACCUGGCAAGUUAUUGGACAUUGUUCCUUAGAAUUACUUAAAUAAUGUCUUUUUCUUUUUUUCUUCUACAAAUUGGUCUUAAUGGAAAAUCAAGAUCAGUGGAAUCCACCCAGAAGUGGCUGUGCAGUUUGUAUAACCGGAUCAGCUGUUUCUGUCGCAGAGCAUUCUAGAUUCUGGAUUAUGGCCACUCUGAAAAAACAUCAACAUUCACUACAGUUUUGGAAUAAACCAAACCAACAGGGUGAUUUUGAUGGCUUUUAUUGUCGCACAUGUAUAUUGUUUUCCAACUCUAGCGUAAUAUGAAUACCCUUUCAGGAUAAAACAGCUGAUUUGAGAAUGUUACAGGUAAUUAGAAACGGGCAAAAAGAAACAAAACAAAAAACACAUUGUGUUUAUAUUACAAAUCAGUGUGUAUUUACAAAGGAGUGUGGCCUCCGGGUCAAAGGUCUUCAAUGAAACCAUUGCUAGAAACAGGGUUCUUACAUUCUGGAGUUUGAUAAAAGUUCUUGGUGUCAAAUGUAUCUGUCAGUCUGUCCACCCGUUUGUAAGGCCGCCCCUCUGUCCGGUCAGUCCAACUGUCCAUUCGUCCUACUUUUCAUACACCGAUCAAUCCACUCAUCACUAUGUCCAGUCCAUCUCGUAAUCCAACAAUUCCUCUUUCGGUCACUCAUCUCCCAAUCUGGCCAUUUAUCCAUCAAUCAUCCCUCCGCUCCAGUGCUCCAGUCAUUACCUUUUUACAUUUAGAAGUUUCCAUAGCUUGAUCUUUGGAAGUACCACAUUUUGAAAUGAACCUCAUCAAGAAUUUCUUUGGAGAUGAAAUUUUGACCCUGUAAAUGUGUAGGAACCCUGUAGAAAUCUACAAACCACAAAGAAAACUGUAGACUUCUAACAGGGGUCUAAGGCCUCUGUCAGUACAAAACAGUCACAAAUUACAUCUCAAUUUUGUAUUUUCUGUGAAAAUAUAAAACAUAUCUUUUGCA